AUGAAUAAAAAUUCUACGAGUGAUGAUGCUAUCUCAGUUGAUAAUUCACUUGCUGCACAACAUCCUCAUGUGGACAAUGAGCAAUGUAAAAACUCAACGCAAAAUGAAUUUAAUUCAGCAAAAUGUGCUACUACUACUAAUACAGCAAGGAAGUGGUCAAUGACUCCGACACCUUUAGAAUUUUCGCCUUGGUCACGACAUCGAUCUUCAAUUGCUACAGGUGCAUUUGUUGUAUUCACAAUUAUAGCAGCGAGUAUUGGUAUAUUGACUGUUUGUUUCACUUCACCAAAAGCUACUGUUCAAAAAUGUGAGCUCAAAUUCAAACCAACGGCUCAAAAACCAGUUGAAUACAAGUAUGGCCCACGAUCUGUUGCCGCUGGUGAUUUCGACAAUGACACAUGUUUGGAUAUGGUUAUUGCUCAUCAUAUAGCUAACACGAUAACUGUUUAUCUUGGAUAUGGUAAUGGCACUUUUAAAAGUCCAAUUCCGUAUUCAACUGGUUCCUACUCAAGUCCUUACAUGGUCACAGUUGGUUAUUUUAACAACGAUUCUUACUUGGAUAUUGCAGUAGCAAAUUUUGGCACUAACAAUAUCCUUAUCUUUCAUGGAUUUGGCAAUGGGUCUUUUGCAAAUCAAACAGAACUUUCAACAGGCUCCUCUCGUCCAAUAGCGAUUAUCGGUGCUCAUUUCAACAAUGACACACUACUUGAUAUUGCCAUAGCCAAUUACGGAAAGCACAGUAUCAGUAUACUCUAUCAAUAUGGAAAUGGGAGCUUUUCGCUUCCAAUUACAUAUCCGACAGGUUACGACUCUUUUCCGUCCUCAAUAGCUGCUGGAGAUUUCAAUAAUGACAACUAUUUAGACCUGGCUAUUGCCAAUUAUGGCACUAACAAUAUUGUGAUACUUUUUGGAAAUAGCAACAGCACUUUUGCAAAGCAAAUUACCAUCUCAACUGGCAUUGAUUCUCAACCAUACUCCAUUGCCGUUGGUGAUUUCAAUGCAGACACCUUUCUCGAUAUCGCUAUCGCUAAUUCUGGAAGUCAUGAAGUAGGUGUGCUCCUAAAUAAUGGUAAUGAAACUUUCGCUAAUCAAGUCAAUUAUUCCAUCAAUUCUGCUUCUCCAAUUGCCAUUUGGGUAGGAGACUUCAAUCAAGAUAAUCGAUUGGACAUAAUCACCACGAAUAAAGGCGCUGACAAUAUAGCCAUACUUCUUGGAUAUGGAACCGGUAGUUUUAAAAAUGCAACCAUGAAUUCAACUGGAGCUAUUUCAUCGAUUUCAGUUGCCGUAGGUGAUUUCGACAAGGACCACCGAUUAGAUAUUGCCGUUGUAAACAAUGAUACUGGUGCCAUUGAUAUUCUUGUUGGACGUUACGAAAGCUUUCAAAAUCAAACAAGCUAUUCAGUUGGCUCUUAUCUGCAAUCUGUAGCUAUUGGUGAUUUCAAUAACGACACUCUACUAGAUAUCGUUGUUGCCAAUGGGGAUAGCGAUGAUGUGAGUAUCCUUCUUGGAUAUGGAAAUGGUUCUUUUGAAAAUCAAACAUGGUAUUCAGUUGGCUCUUAUCCACAAUCUGUAGCUAUUAGUGAUUUCAACAACGACACUCGACUAGAUGUCGUUGUCGCCAAUUUGUGGAGCGAUGAUGUGAGUAUCCUUCUUGGAUAUGGGAAUGGUUCUUUUGAAACUCAAACAAGGUAUUCAGUUGGCUCUUAUCCACAAUCUGUAGCUAUUGGUGAUUUCAACAAUGACACUCGACUAGAUAUCGUUGUCACCAAUUGGCUUAGCAAUGAUGUGAGUAUCCUUCUUGGAUAUGGAAAUGGUUCUUUUGAAAAUCAAACAAGGUAUUCAGUUGGCACUUAUCCACAAUCUGUAGCUAUCGGUGAUGUCAACAACGACACUCGACUAGAUAUCGUUGUCGCCAAUUUGCGGAGCAAGGAUGUGAGUAUCCUUCUUGGAUAUGGGAAUGGUUCUUUUGAAACUGAAACAAGGUAUUCAGUUGGCUCUUCUCUACAAUCUGUAGCUAUUGGUGAUUUCAACAACGAUACUCGACUAGAUAUCGUCGUCACCAAAGUGGAUAGCAAUGAUGUGAGCAUCCUUCUUGGAUAUGGGAAUGGUUCUUUUGAAAAUCAAAAAAGUUAUUCAGUUGGCACUUAUCCAAAAUCUGUAGCUAUUGGUGAUGUCAACAACGACACUCGACUAGAUAUCGUUGUCGCCAAUGAGGAUAGUAAUGAUGUGAGUAUCCUUCUUGGAUAUGGGGAUGGUUCUUUUGAAACUCAAACAAGGUAUUCAGUUGGCUCUUCUCCACGCUCUGUAGCUAUUGGUGAUGUCAACAACGAUACUCGACUAGAUAUCGUUGUCGCCAAUCCGCGGAGCAAUGAUGUGAGUGUUCUGCUGCAAUAUAACAGAGGAGCGAUUACAUAUGAAAUGAGCUUGGCACCUGGUGGUGGUUCUAGCCUACGAUAUGUAGUCAUUGGUGAUUUGAACAAUGACACUAAUCUGGAUAUUGUCUUAGCUAAUUAUGGCACUAAUAAUGUCGGCGUCCUUUUUGGAUAUGGGAACGGUAGUUUUGAAAAUCAAAUGAUGCUCAACACUGGCAUGAAUUCUCAUCCGAUUUCUAUUGCACUUGGGGACUUCAAUGGUGAUCGUGAAGUGGAUAUUGCUGUGGCCAAUCAUGGUACAAAGCAUGUAGAUAUGAUGCUUGGAAAUGGGCAGGGAAAAUUUGCAAUUCAAACAAGUUAUGAAAUUGACUUUGAUACACCUCCGUUAGUUAUGGUUUCUGGUGAUUUUAAUAAUGACACACGAUCGGAGAUCGCUGUCACUUACGAUGGACGUGAUCAUGUGGAUAUUUUUGUUGCGUAUAACCAUGGUUCUUUUAAAACUCAAACAAGGUAUUCAGUUGGCUCUUCUCCACGCUCUGUAGCUAUUGGUGAUGUCAACAACGACACUCUAAUAGAUAUCGUUGUCGCCAAUUCGUGGAGCAAUGAUGUGAGUAUCCUUCUUGGAUAUGGAAAUGGUUCUUUUGAAAAUCAAAUAAAGUAUUCAGUUGGCUCUUUUCCAUGGUCUGUAGCUAUUGGUGAUGUCAACAAUGACACUCGACUAGAUAUCGUUGUUGCCAAUGCGGGUAGCGAUAGUGUGAGUAUCCUUCUUGGAUAUGGAAAUGGUUCUUUUGAAACUGAAACAAGGUAUUCAGUUGGCUCUUAUCCAGAAUCUGUAGCUAUUGGUGAUGUCAACAACGACACUCGACUAGAUAUCGUUGUCACCAAAGUGGAUAGCAAUGAUGUGAGCAUCCUUCUUGG